AUGGAGUUGAGCAGGAGCGUGACCAUGGAUGUUUCUCUGAGCAUCCCUGCUGCCCGCGGCGUGGGCGACGACACCGACAGGAGGGCGCCUCGAAACUCGCCUUCCUUCAAGAUCGUGCCGCUGCACGACGAGAUGGCCAAGCCAUCCCCCGGCGGCCACGCGACCCUCGGCGCCGAAAGGGCGGCGGUGCUCCUCGUGAAGAAGGUGCUGGCGGAGCUGCUGGGGACGUUCUUGCUCCUCUUCGUCCUGCUGUCGGCGCUGAUCAUGAACGCGACCCACGACGGCGCCCUGGGCCUGCUGGGCGUGGCGGCGACGGCGGGGCUGGCCGUGACGGUGCUCGUGGCGUCGCUGGUCCACAUCUCCGGGGCCCACCUGAACCCGGCGAUAAGCGUCUCCAUGGCCGUGUACGGCUACCUCCCGCGCGCCCACCUCGCGCCCUACAUGGCCGCGCAGUUCCUAGGCGCCAUCGCCGCGUCCUUCGUGGCCAAGGCGGUCUACCACCCGGCGAACCCCGGCGCCAUUGUGGCCACCGUGCCCACGCUCGGCACCGCGGGGACCUUCUUGGUCGAGUUCCUCACCACCUUUGUCCUCCUCUUCGUAAUCGUCGCCCACGCCACCGAUCCCAAGGCGGUGAAGGAGCUGAUAGCAGUGGCAGCCGGGGCAGCAAUCAUGAUGAACGCCCUUAUCUCUGCGGAGUCAACGGGAGCGUCCAUGAAUCCGGCGAGGACGCUGGGGACGGCCAUCGCCACCGGGACGUACACCAAGAUCUGGGUCUACAUGGUGGCGCCGCCGCUCGGAGCCAUCGCCGGGACCGGGGCUUACAUUGCGCUCAAGCACUGA